AAGUCAUUAUAUAGAAUCAUGCGAACUAUAUAAUGAUGCUACAGAUAAUGAGGAAUAAAAUUUAACUUCGUGAGCUUCUGACUCCCAUAUAUUUCUGCAAAGGGAAUUAUUUUAACAUCUUUCACUUGUUAGAUAGACGAUAACAAUGAUAACAGCUGUUCUUGUGGUAAUUAUUUCUUUUGUUGAAGCAAGUAAAAAUUGUCAAAGUGGUUACACAAAAUGUAGAGACGGGAUCCAAUGUUUUCCUUUGACCUCUCUCUGUGACGGACGACACAUGCAUUGUACAGAUGGCAGUGACGAAGACCCAGAUUUCUGUAGAGAGCAAUCUUGUGCUGAUGGAUACACUAAAUGUGAAGAUGGAGUUCACUGUUUUGAAUCAUCUGGUUUGUGCGACUCUAACGAUUGGUCAACGAGGUAUCAUUGCAGUGAUUUGAGUGAUGAGGAUCCUGAGUUUUGUAAAGUGCAGUCUUGUGCCGACGGUUAUGCAAAAUGCAGAGAUAAUAUUCAUUGUUUUCCAUUAACUGGUUUGUGUGACAAUGAUACAUGGCAUUAUACUUAUCACUGUAGUGAUUUAAGUGACAAAGAUCCGGAGUUUUGUAAAGAGCAAUCUUGUGCUGAUGGAUACACUAAAUGUAAAGAUGGAGUUCACUGUUUUGAAUUAUCUGGUUUGUGUGACUCUAACGAUUGGUCGACGAAUUAUCAUUGUAGUGAUUUGAGUGAUGAGGAUCCUGAGUUUUGUAAAGACCAUGUGUGCUGAUGGUUAUGCUAAAUGUAUAUAUACCAUCUUAACCCAUUUAAAUAUAACGAUAACAGAUAUGAUGUUGAAAGUGUUGUCAGGAGAAUUAAUAAGUCAGAAUGUUAUAUUUGAAACAUUAACGGGCAGUUUUGUUAUGUUUGGACGCUUUGUUUACCAUAUUCUAUUUGUAAAAAGAUUAAAUUCCACUCUUUAUUCUUCCCAUAUGUACUGGCAAUAGUUAAAUGAUACAUUGUAAUAAUUAUUAUACAUUUCAUAUUGUUAUACGCAAACUGACUUAAAAAAUGGUUUCCGUUACUUUGUUGUUUCUAAACUUUUUAUCUCGAGUGUUGAAGUUUGUGAAUAUCCCAGAGAUAAUUGCACAAUGAAACCAGUUUUAUAGAUUACAUCUAUUUAAAGAGACUACAGUUAAUAUCAUGCAAACACCCGUUUUUAACCUAACAUCCUAUUUUAAACCAACAUUGUGAUCAUGGCUACCAUAUACGAAAGGCUAGGAUAUAUAAAGAACUACUUUUGAGAACCUAUCCUACUGCCUGUCGAUACUUUUAUUUUGGCAUUCCACAAGGCAUGUCUUUUUUGACUGUCCAUGACGUUAACAUGACGUUAAUCUCUGAUGCAUGAUUUUUUAUUAUUAAUUGUUUUUGGCUUUUAACUAGCUUUCGGUAACUUCGAGUACUCUCAAAUCGUACUUUCGUGUUAAUUUGACCUGUUGAUACAAUUUGUAAUGUAUUUUUGUUAUUUAAUGUUUACUCAUUCAGUGUUAUAUCUAGUCUCACUUUUUUAAAUAUAUACCACCUUUGAUAAGUGUUAAGUAUGACGAUAAAUUUUCACUUUUGUGCUCGUACUAGUAACAACAAAAUUAUUUAUUUUGUAAAAAUUAUUUCCAUACUCCAUGUUUACCUUAUAAUAAAAUUAUUUUUAUUUA